CGAGCACCUAAUUAACGAAGCUUGCUAGCAGCUAGCCAUGGCCGAGAGGGAGGGAGCGGUGGUGAAGAAGGGGCACGAGGAGGGCCUGAAGCUGGCGGCUUCGCUGCUGGAGGAGUUCGGGCUGCCCCUGGGCCUGCUGCCGCUGGCGGACGUGAUCGAGGUCGGCUUCGUGCGCGCCACCGGCUACAUGUGGAUCGCGCAGCAGAAGAAGGUGGAGCACCGCUUCAAGAUGGUGAGCAAGCAGGUGAGCUACGACGUGGAGAUCACCGGCUACGUCAAGACCAAGUGCAUCAAGAAGCUCAAGGGCGUCAAGGCCAAGGAGCUCAUGCUGUGGCCGCCCGUCAACGAGAUCACCGUCGACGACCCGCCCACCGGCAAGAUCGUCUUUAGGAGCCUCGCCGGCGUCACCAAGACCUUCCCCGUCGAGGCCUUCGCCGCGGGCCAGUAGGCGCGCCCGGGCCGC